AUGGGUGUCUGUGAUUACUUCCACGUGCAACUGUCAGACAACAAGCAGGUGAGGCACUUCCUGGAGCUGAGCUAUGCUGGUGCCAUCCUUCGGGACAGCUGGGUCCUGACAGACGUUGGCAUCACCCCGAGCAGUGCCAUCUGCUGCCUGCUGAAGCGGGAGCCGGUGGUGCGUGUGUUCAGUGCCGUGACGGGGGAGACCCUCUCAGUCUUGGGCACUGUGUUUCUCCUGAGUACAUCUGUGGCCAGGCUCAUGACCCUGGUGUCCCAGCAGUGUGGGCUUCCCGUCAGCUCCUUCAGACUGAGCUCUCCCACCGGCCUGCAACUCUACGACUGCAACCGGCUGCACGACUACGCCAUUGACCUGGGGGCUACUCUACGGUUGGACACCUGGGAUGGGUGGGCGGAGUUCCUCAGAGGCUGCUUCCUGGGACACAGACUGACCGUCCAACGACACCUGUCUAGGGAGAGACCUGUGAUGAGGUUCCAGCUCCGGGUGGCACUCUACAUCGCUGCUUCUCUGGGCCACCUGGACCUGGCCGGCUGGCUGCUGGGGGUGCGUGUCAUUGAGCCGGUGGGGGUUCACCCUUACCGUGAGUGGUGCCACCAGACGGCCGACCCCGACGUCGCCAAGUGUCCCGCUGUCGCCUCAUCGCGCGGCCAGCUCACCAUCCUCAAACUCUUCAUCGCCAGCAGCAUUCUGACCCUUGCCUGUCGGGAUCCCCAGGGU